GGUUAGCACUGUUGGAAUAAGGCGUGAGCACUCCUAAAUUGGUACAACGGGUGUUUCUCCUGUUCUUCCCAUUCUGCUGAUGUUACCUGAAUGCAGCGUUUGACAACCGCCAACCGCCGAAAAAAAAUUAGUAGACGUCGUCAUUCCGCGACAACUACAACCCAAACAGAAAACUCCUUCGCGGCGGUUGGACUUCUUUUUUUUUUUUCAACCUGAAAAAGGGGUUACUGUGAAGAGAGUAUGAAAAGAUCCGGAAACUGUCCGACAGGAGGCACGGGGGAGCAGGAGCUGAGGCAGAGGGAGUCCCCGUUUAGCUUCACCCCGCAGCUCGUGCACCUGCACAAGGACCACGAGCUGUUCGAGGAUGGAGACAUUCACAGACACAUGUAUCUGCAAGACCUCUACACCUCAGAGGCAGACGACAAGCCAACGCUCAGUGUGUCAGAGUUUGCCUGUCACAUCUCUGGCUGCAGUGCAGUCUUCACUGUGCUGGAGGAAUAUGAGCACCACUACAACUCCCUGCACAGACAUGUUUGCUGCUCCUGCCGUCGCUCCUUGCCAAGUGCCCGGCUCCUAGACAUUCACAUUCAGGAGUGGCAUGACUCUCUCUUCACUAUCCUCGCCCAGAGGCAAGACAUGUACCAGUGUUUGGUGGAGGGCUGCGGCCAGAAGUUCAGGACUAGUAAACACAGGAAGGAGCAUCUAAUAAGAAUUCACAAGUAUCCUCCAGACUUCAGAUUUGACAAAACCAAAAAGGACAGAGGAACCCAAGAGAUGAAAACACAGCAGCAGAAAGACACAGCCAUGGAGGUAGCAGACGAUGCGUGUGAGUCUGAGGGUGUGUGUGAGGUAAUGUGUGAUGUGCUGUCUGACCAACCUGAGCAAGGGGAAUCCAUGGAGACACAUGUGCCUGAGGAAGAAGCUGCUUGCUUGGCAAAGCCUGCCGCCGCAGGGGAGCAUGCCGGUCUUUCUCCUGCAGUUCAUGGCAAGGAGUGUACAAGCGCCGAGGCACUAAAACCACAAUACUCCUACAGGGUCCCUAGAACCGUGUGCUUCGGUCACGGCUCUGUCCGUGGCUUCAGAGGACGGCGGGGAAGGAGGAAAUGAAACACCAGAAUUGCGCUUCCUGUUUGACGUCCUUUUAAAGAUGUACAGUAUAACACAGUAUAACUCAUUUGUUUUGGUAAGAAUACUUUUUGUUGUUGUGUGUAGUAGUUUUUUUUUUUU